AGGAUUGCAAUAAACAAUCAGUUUCAGACGCAAAAAUAAAUUUCAGACUGACUUUAUCUUUUGCAACUUUGUUGAGUCAGUACAACAGUAGAGAGUUCCAGUCUGUAGAACUAGAAACCUCGAUACCAAGUAGUAGCCCAAGAACGAACUACAUCACAAGCAAAAUGCCGCUCGUGUACCAGUCUUUGGCCGAAAUUUCGAAGAACAACGCCGAGAACGUGAAGGUGGAGAAUACCCUGAAUGAGGACGAAAAAAUCGCCUUCAAGGCCGAGCAUUGCGAAUUGGUAGUGGGUGAGGGUAGUUGUUCAACAUCAGUAGAAGAACUACAAGAAUCCACGGCGGAGGACGCUGGCAAGAACGGUGAGGCGAGCAAGAGCAAGACAACUACAAGCUCGGAGCAGAGGACCUCCAGUUCUACUUCAGGCUCAAAAACUACAACUACCGGGGAUCUGUACCUGACAACGUCGAAAAUCAUCUUCCAAACCGGCGACCAGAGGAUUUUGCUGGAUUACCCCAGCGUCAUGCUGCACGCCAUCAGCAGGGAUCCGCAGGCGUUCCCGAAGCCAUGUACUUGCUUACGCCUUUUUUUACUUCACUUUUGCUAUUUUUCCUUUUCGUCGUCUUGCACGCUAGUACUAGUUCGUCGUCCUCGUGAUGAAUUGUGAUCGGUGCUUUAAGUCAGUCUGUGACGCAGGAGCCGAAUUUCUAUUUUAUUCACGACUCCAUCUCCUGCAACCUUAACCUUUGAAAACAACCAGGUCUCUAUUGCCAAGUGCGCAGCGACGGCGGGGGGAAUAAGAGCAUGAUUGGAGUAGAAUCAGCAAAUAACGACCCAAAAAACCACACAACCGACUCCUCACCAACCGAGGAUCAAGAGAUGGUAGACGAUGAUGAUGACGACGAAGCCGACCAAUUUCAGACCACAGAAAUCAGGUUCGUGGUGCCGGAGGCGGACGUGCAGGUUUUGUUUGACGCCAUGAGCGAGAUGGUCUUACUCCACCCCGACCCGGACUGCGACAGCGAAGACGAGGAUAACAUCAUGGGCGGUGCUGGCGGUGGUUUCGGGGACCCGGACGCAGGCUGGGUGUUUUCGGAUGAUUUCAACCCGAAUAACUUGCUGGGGGUGGCCGAUUACGAUGCACUGGAAGAUGCGGAGGAGGAGGAGGAAGAAGAGGAGGAUUUUUCGGAGGACGAAAUGGCGGUGGAGUAGGGAAGGGGAAACUGUUGUUGUUUCCUCGAGAAAGUAAGUAGCUACGUAUGCUUUUCGUUUGUUACAGUUGAGGAAGUUGCACGGCGCUUUACUUUUGAAAACUGUAUACUGUUGGCGGAGCCUGUGCUAGUAGAACAUGUACAACCGUGUGCGACUACUUUGCCAGGAGGUUCAUCUUGCGCAUGCGCACCGGCUGCAGGAGGUUUCUUCAUUCGAAAAAACAGACUGAAUGGAUAGGAAAAUAAAAUCUCCACUUCUUCAUACCACCGCGCAAGCUGCAGUAUCCGAAACUAC